ACGUCAGAGUGUUUCCGGGUCUGAGCAUGGAAAUAGAAACCAUGGACGCCGUUGCUUUGGACGUCUUUUCUUCUGCUACUUUGUCUUCACCGUGUUCGUCAUCAGAAAAGUGAUUUAAUUUCUGACUCGUUGUUCUGCUUACGGGUUGCUGUCGUAUGCGUAUUAGCACGUAGGGGCGGGUUUCUUGAAGGAGUCGGACUUAACGCACACAGUGUCAUGCUUAUUGAGAAAGAUGAGCCCGAGUGUUUUGCGUGCGACUCCCUCACUGCGGGGGCAACCCUGCCACACGAUUUAAUCUUUAUGCUAUCAACGAUUAACAAACAUAUUCUUUCAAUAGUUUCUACUUUGUCUGCGUAAUGCCUAAUCAACCAUCCUUUAGGCCUAUUACAGAUAUGUAAACGCAACAGAAGUGUUUAUAGCUGUGUUACUUACAAAAAAAAACAGGUCUAGUGUCCUGUUGUCCCCAUAUUAAUAGCCAUCAGAAUGUCCCUCGACGAGUAUGAAAGGCAUUACGCGUCGCUCAACUCGGACCUGGGCGGCGAGUCAGUAGCCAGCGGGCGGUCCGCGUCGGGGACGUUUAGUGGUGAGGAAGAAAAGUUGCAUUACAUUCCAAUCCGGAUUCUUGGGAGAGGGGCGUUUGGUGAAGCGACCCUCUACAGGAGGACAGAGGACAACUCGCUUGUCGUGUGGAAGGAGGUGGAGCUGAACUGCCUCUCGGAGAAAGAGCGCCGAGAUGUGAUGAACGAGAUCAGCAUCCUCUCUAUCCUGCAGCACAACAACAUCAUCGCCUACUUUAAUCACUUCAUGGACAAGGACACCUUGUUCAUUGAGUUGGAAUACUGCAAUGGGGGAAAUCUGUAUGAUAAAAUCAACCAACAGAAGGGGGAGCUUUUCACAGAGGAGAUGGUAAUCUGGUUCCUGUACCAAAUUGCCUCAGCUGUAGCCCACAUUCACAAGGCUGGGAUCCUACACAGAGAUAUCAAAACGUUAAACAUUUUCCUGACCAAGACAACCCUGAUCAAACUGGGGGAUUAUGGCCUGGCAAAGAAGCUGGACUCCCAGUUUGCCAUGGCUGAGACGUGCGUGGGUACACCGUAUUACAUGUCCCCGGAACUGUGCCAAGGAGUCAAGUACGACUUCAAAUCAGACAUCUGGGCCAUGGGCUGUGUCAUCUUCGAGGUGUUAACACUGACCCGAACCUUUGACGCCACAAACCCUUUGAACUUGUGCGUGAAAAUAGUCCAGGGCAACUGGACUAUGGACGUGGACGACAAGGUGUACUCUCCUGAGCUGAUCCGGCUGGUGUACGAGUGUCUGGACCAGGAUCCGGUGAAGCGACCCUCGGCCGACCAGAUCCUAGACCAGCCAGUCGUCUCCUGUUCCAGACAGGAGCUCGAGGAACGAGUGGCCUUGCUCAACUCAGCGAUGAAGAAGCCAAAGCUCAGCAACGUGACGGAGAGCCCGGUUGCCGUGGUGACCACGCGCUACAGGGAGGUGUACUGCUGGGGCGGGGGGAAGUUCACGCCCCAGAAGCUAGACACCUUCAAGGGGGGCAACAGUGCCCAGCAGGUUUGCGCCGGAGAGAACCACUUCGCCGUGGUAACGGUGGAGAAGGAGCUCUACACCUGGGCGAACGUCCAGGGCGGGGCCAAGAUGGUGGGCCAGCUGGGCCACGGGGACCAGUCGUCCUACCGCCAGCCCAAGAAGGUGGACUGUCUCCAGGGCAAGGCCAUCCGCCAGGUGGCCUGCGGCGCCGACUUCACCGCCUGCGUGACGGACGAGGACCAGAUGUACAUGUUUGGCUCGGACUACUACGGCUGCCUAGGCGUGGAGAACGAGCGGGGCCCCCAGGCGCUGGAGCCCGUGCUGCUGGAGUUCUUCGAGGAGCGGCCCGUCCGCCAGGUGUCGUGCGGGGACAACCACGUGGUGGUGCUGACCCAGCGCGGGGACAUCUACUCCUGGGGAUGCGGGGAGCACGGACGCCUGGGCUUAGACUGUGAGGAUGACUUCUCUUCUCCUAUGCAAGUGGAGAUGCCUAAAGGAGCAAUCAUGUGCUCUGUGUCCUGCGGCAGCGAUGGGACCUUCUUCCUGACCGAGGCUGGGAAGGUGCUGGCCUGCGGGAACAACGAGUUCAACAAGCUGGGUCUGAACCAGGGCAUCUCCGGCCUCAAGAACCAUCGCGGAGAGGCCAGCCAGAGCAUCCCGUACACCACCACGCUCACCCUGGUGAAGCAGCUGUCCCGCUUCAAGAUCCAGCUCAUCUCUCAGGGGAAGACCCACGCGGCCGCCAUUGACGAAAGGGGCCGUCUGAUUACGUUUGGCUGCAACAAGUACGGCCAGUUGGGCGUGAAGGACUUCAAGAAGCACCAGGGGGUCCAGGUGUUGAUGGGCCCCUUCGGGGGGAACCCUGUGACCAAAGUGUCCUGUGGGGACGGAUUCACCAUCGCUGCCACCGACGACAAUCAGAUCUUUGCGUGGGGGAACGCGGGGAACGGGCGCCUGGGCAUGCCAGCGGACAAGGGCUUCGGGUCGGAGGUGUGCCCCGCCCUGCCCAGGCCCAUCUUCGGCUCCCUGCACCACGUGCCAGACCUCUCUUGCCGGGCGUGGCAUACCAUCCUCAUCAGGGAACGAGUGCUCAACUCAAAGACCAUCCGCUCCAACAGCAGCGGCCUCUCGUUCGCCCCCAGCCCGACGGCGUCGUCCUCCACCCUGGACCUGGACCUGCAGGGCUCCGAGACGUGCGUCCGGGACCGCGGCCUGGGCGGCACGCUGGAGGCCAACGCGGAGGAGUGCGUGACGGGCACCUCGGUGCUGUCAGCGCAGAGCCAGACCGGGGACAGCUCCUGCCCCCCCUGGCUCCUAAAGGAGCUCCAGGAUGCGGAGUUCAUCCCCAUGCCGGACCUCUCCCUGGGCCUGGCGUCCGACGGCCCCUCGAACUACUCGGAGAGCGUGACUCUUCCUUACGAGCAGUUGCAGGAGCUGACGGCCGCCGCCGCCGCCGUCACCAUCGCCGAGAAAGGCCUCUCGACCAAACGAGUGGGUUGUGAUCAUUUCAACGGGCUGGAGGACGUUGCCGACUGCAAGAAAGCAGAUCCAGUACCGUACUGUGAAACCAGAGGUGAUAUUGCCCAGCUGCGGGAGACGGUGGCUCGCCAGGAGCUCAAGAUCCAGACCCUGGAGAAACAGGUCAGCGACCAGCGCAAGGAGAACGAGAAGCUCUGGACGGCCAUCGACCGGCUGGCAUCACGGGACGCCGCGGCGGAGGUAACCAAGAGUAACGGGACGCCACCGUGAUCACGUGAUCCGAACCUCCGGAGGCUGAGGAAGCACCACUCGGGAGACGCUUCAUGUCCGUCUGACCUGAGCACAUGAGUGGCAUGAGGGUGGCUAACCAAUGAGGCUCUAGUUGACCUUGCUGACGCUUAAACCAAAGUGGACUUAACGUCUGAUUUUCCAAACACAUUAUGGAAAGCAUUUGCCUUGUACGCUAAUAACAUUUUAUUUACCUUAAUGCCUUAGACACACACGCGUGCAUGCCUCACGUCAUCCGAGUGGGUUGUAGUGGUGCAUUGGGAGCCUUUCACAGACGGCUGUGUUGUUGCACACUGCACACACUGUACGACCUCUGAUCUGGGCAAGGGCGUGGCACACUGGGAUCAUGGUGUUCAUGUGAACCUUAAGGCUACAUCAGAUGACUAGAGCAUCUGAGUCUUCGCUCAGGUAAUGAAAGAAACUUUUCUGUUUCAAAUUACACGGUUGGCUAAAUGUGACGUCAACAUUCGCAAUGAAAUGCCCUUUAGCGACACGAUUAUGGUUUAGCUUGUUUGUUAUUACUGGCUGUCGGCUAACAGCAGAUAUAUUGCUAUCACAGAGCCGUUUUGGUUUCCCCCCCCGUGUUUAUUGCAAUAAGAAAGAGAAAUAAUCCAAGGAGUCUUUCUCUUGGAUUUUCCACCAAAUUGAUAAAUAAUGUCUGUUUAUGAUUUGCUGGUCUAAUUGACCUUGUUCAAAUGCAGCACUGAUACCUAAUUGAAAGGCUCCUUGGUAUAUUCCCUUGCGAAAUGUUUUUCCAUAAUCUAAAAGUCUGCCACUAUAGCAUGGGGCUUUAUGUAUCAGAUAUGUCUAAUACCUAAUGUUUCUUAUUGCAAAAGAUGGUGUUUAAUCCGGAGGUCUGUUUGAGUUAGUCUCAUGUCAUGUUGACCAUUUAAUCUGGGUACAGCAAGGUCAAUUUAAUUACUAAGAACAAUGAGAGUUAAUCUGUCAUCAUGCAGCUUUAGCGCCAAAUGAUGGGAUAACAGCCAAUAUCUAUGUCCACUAAUAGGGGAUAUGUGUUGUGUGAGGAAACCAAGGUAGUUAGACUCAUUGUCAUUAAAUAAUCUCAUCAUUUUCAGUGUACAUGCCAGGGGUAUCUUUUGCAUACUCAAAAGAUUUAACGAAUACCCUUAACUCAUGUUAUAAUUUAUUUAAGUCUUUGCUCUUUGACAUUUCUCAAUUUGAAUUAUUCAAAAUCAAUUUGAAGACAACUAACUUUUAAUUUACCUUUUUUUUUACUACUUCUGUUGUUUAGUAGACUUGUGUAUUACACAUGUUAACUUUUUAGCAUCAUUGUUAAAGUGCCGAAAUACGUGUGUGGUCUUUGGUUUGCUACUGAACGGUUUCUUGUUCAUUACGAGCGAAAAUGUGUCCUCAACAAGCAAUCCCACAAAAGCUUAAAGUGCCUUUGAUAGCUCACUGAUAGGUGCUGCAAUUAUGAUUAGCAUAUAAUUCAUUUUUUAAAAAACGUAAUGUUUUCAUCCUGAAAGAAACCCCUUCUGUCUUCCCUUUAAAUAACGUUGUUGUGCUGUUACAGUGGACUGUUAAGUUCUUCCACGAUCACACGUGUGUCAUGCUUGUGAAAACAAAUAAAAAACAUGGAUAUAUUUUGUAA